GAAAUGGAAGGAGCUGCAGCUGGUAAUGGCGGCGGGGCCUCCGCUGGUGCAGGUUCGUUAGGAACCGCAGCGUCAGCUCAAGAUGCAGCGGCGAGGAUCAAUGCCGCUCUCGCGGGUCAACCGGUUCCUCCCUUGCCUCCUGGAGGACCUGCGACAACACCGGCAGCGUUGCAAGCGGCGGCGGUGGCGGCGGCGGCGGCAGCGCAACUUGCUGGGGGUUUCAAGACAACUGUCAAAGUUGUAGAGAUCAAUGGAUCACCAGCCUCGCAAAGGAACAUUCUUACUCGAGGCACAUGGCAGAAGGAAGUGACUGCCAAGAGUGGAGCAGCAGUCGUCACCAAGGGAAAGUUCUACUCGCCUGAGGAACUGGCGCAACGAAAGGAUGGCGAUGAAAUCCCUCUCUCGUUGGAGGUAUCAGCGUUUGACGCGCGACAAGUCGACAAGGCUGUAGAUUUGAUCCGGGAGAUUAUGAACGAUACGCCGCUGCCGGACCCGAGAGCGCUUUCGAAGCAAGUGGCAGAUGGGUUUGCCGUGAAAAAGGUCUUUGUUGGACUGGAAGAUGCUCCUCCUACUUUCAGCGUCAUCGGAAAGAUUCUUGGACCCAAAGGCUCAUACCUGAAGCACAUCAACACGAUCUCUGGCGCUCGGGUUGACCUGCGUGGGAAAGGCUCUCGACAGCUGCCGGGGGUACCAGGAGCUGAUCUUCCUCUGCACAUAGAGAUCUCGUCUCGGGUGGAGUCUCAGGUGGAGGAAGCUGUUCGUCUGGUAGAAGACCUCGUCGGGACUGUCAAAGCAGAUUACGAGAAGUAUAAGAAAUCGCAGGAGAGGAACAACUUCAACUCCAUGAUCCCAAAGCCUCCGCUCCCUCCAGGGUGGGAGCAGGCGUUUGAUCCGAGCGGAAGGGUGUACUACAUCAACCACAACGACAAGACUACCUCCUGGACGCCUCCGGUCAUGCCUCCUGGCCCAGAGGCAGCACAAGGAUACCCAGGUCAAGUCCCUCCAGCUGCAGGCUACUACGGAUACCCGGGCUACGACCCCAACGCCUACUAUGGAGCUUACGGCUACGACCCCAACGCCUAUGCCCAGUACUACAACUACUACGGGCAUGGCACAGCCGAGGGACAAGCGGCUGGUGAAGGUGGAGAAGCGCAGGGAAGUCAAGCAGCUGCAGCUCAACCGCAGGCGUGA